AUGGAUUUAUUUCGUUUAAACAUUCAAUUGAAAUAUUGGCGAUUAAUUAAUCAGUUUAGAGAUAUGCAAAUGGAAUUUUAUUUCCAGAGUAUUACAACUUUACUUUUAGAAGGAGAGGCAAAAUUUUUCUUAUUGUAUGAUAUUAUGAGUGCAUAUAUAAGACUAAACAAUUUAAAGAUAAUAAUUAGCCUCAGUUCCCUCAGAAUCGAUAAGGUUCAUUUUACAGAAUUUUUAUAG